UUUCGCAUUGAUUUAUUUUUAUUUUAAAUUAUAAUUUUAUUAAUAAAUUAAAUAAUUUUAAUUAUUUUUUAAUUAUAUUUUAAAAUUCUGUAAAAUAAUAAAAACGAAGUAAAUUCGUAGCUAAUGUACGACCUAUUUACGUGGAAACCCUAUGAGGAAAUGAUGAGAAAUAAUAAACAAGUAUUUUACGAGAAAAUAUUUACGAGGAAAUAACGAGAAAAGAUAAACGAGUAUUUUACGAGAAAAUACUUUCGUGGUAGUUAUGUAUUUUGCGAGGAAACACUUUCAAGGUAUUUACGUGUAGUUUACGAGGAACUCGUUUCGAGGUAUUUACGAGGAAAUAUAGCGACUUCCUUACGUGGAAUAUUUACGUGGUCUUUACGACGAAAUGAUGUGCUUCGUCUUUACGACGAAACAUUGUCCUCGCUAAGUUACGACGAAUUGGCGAGGAAAUAUCUGUUACGACGGAUGAGUAACGAACAAACGUGUUUCCUCGCUAAUUCGUCGUAAAGUCUCUUUUACGACGAAGUCACGAGGAAAACCGCCCUCGUUAAGAUUAUGUUUUCUUGUAGUGACUAGAUCUGACGAUCCCCAGAUGUGUGCUCCCUAUGUCACUGGAAUCUUCGUCUAUCUCUGUCAAUUAGAGGUAAGGAAAAGUCAAGGCCUUUGAUUGAUUAUAUAGACAAGGCGCAGAAAGAUGUAACACCUAAUAUGAGAGGAGUUUUGGUUGAUUGGUUAGUUGAAGUUGCUGAAGAGUACAAACUUCUCUCCUACACUCUUUACCUCGAUGUCUCCUACAUCGACAGAUUUUUGUCUCUUCAGAUUGUUAAUAGGCAAAAGCUUCAGCUUUUGGGAGUUUCUUCUAUGCUUAUUGCCUCGAAGUAUGAAGAGAUAUUACCUCCAAAUGUGGAAGACUUCUGUUACAUAACAGACAACACUUACACUAAGCAAGAGAUUGCGAAGAUGGCAGCUGAUAUACUUCUUGCUCUGCAGUUUGAAUUAGGAAACCCCACAACCAAUAUUUAUCUAAGACGGUUCACAAAAGUUGCGCAGGAAGAUUUCAAUGUUAAGGAGGUUAUGGGAGAGAUAGAGAAGGCUGGAAACCAGUACUCAAAAGCAGUGCGUUUGAUGGUAUUCCUUCUAGUGGAAGCACCAAUGCUGAUUCUGAACCCUCCAUUGUCUCUCACAAACUCAGACAGGUAUCGUCUCAGAAAAUAUAUAGGUAUCCUCAGUAGAAGAUUAAAACAUCUGCAGUCGCAUAGGAGAAGCUCAGGCUCUCAUAUGCAGGGAUCAUCAUCAUCUGCCAUGAUGAACAAACAAUCAUAGAGUCGAGUGACUCGGUUUGGUUUCUCCUGUUUCUUGUUCUGUUUUUUUUCCUAAAGAGACUUUGGUGGAUAUGAUGUGUGAGUUGUGAUGGUUGUUGUACCAUGUUCCCUGUUCUAUCUUUGAUCCUAAUCAUUUGGUUUAUGAAAAUGUUUAAUAUUUUUUUUAA